UAUUUUUUGUAAUGGAAGUAUCUGGUGACUCCUCAAAUUUCCCUUGGGACACCUUGAGCCUAAGCCCCAGGAAGGGAACCAUGGUGAUAAAAGACUGGCAACGCUUGUGACUAGUAAGCAUGUUCACAUGCUCAUUGCACAAAUACUAAGCAGUGUUCAUUUAUUAUUUAUCCAUUUUGGGGGCUGGAGCCCAUCCCUGCAUGUAUUGAGCAUGUUUUCCUGCACACUAGUAUCUCAAUUUCACGUUUUUGGAGUAUCAUUUAUGUUUACACAUCCUGCUUUCAGAAACCUUGAGAAGCCCAUAGCCUGGUUUUGAGAAACAGGGUUACUUUGAUGGUUAAGGUAUCUUGGUUUCUAAGUUUCUGAUCUUUGUCUGCAUCUUCACUUCAUCUUCUUAAUUGUUUUCACUCGCAUUCUCAUCUUCCAUUACUGGUGACGAGAUGGAGAAGAAAACAGCAGAGUGAUAAGCAGUUAUCCAGGCAACCAAAGUGGCUUCAUCCUUAACUUGAGUCAGUACAGAAAUAACUGGAUGUCGAGGAGUCAAAGAAACCUGGAUAAUGUUAAGAGCUAAAACGAUUAGUUGAGUAAUCAAUUACAAUUGUUUUAAGGCAUUUUUAAGAAGAAAUUAUAUCCAUCUAUCCAUUAUCUAUCACCGCUCAUCCUUAGAGGGUCGCGGGGGGCUGGAGCCGAUCCCAGCUGACAUUGGGCGAGAAGAAAUGGCAAAUAUUUCAUAUUCCAGUUUUUCCAGUGCUAUGCUGGAUCGAUUAUCUGCUUUCCUGUGUUUUAUAUCAUUGCAAAUUGAAUGUCUUUGGGUUUUGGACUGUUGGUCUGACAAAACAAGCUAUUUGAAUACAUCACCUUAGGCUCUGCAAAAUUGUGACAGGCAUUUUUCAGUAUUUUCUGCCAUUUUACAGACCAAACGAUUAAUCGAGAAGAUAAUUAGGAGAUUAAUCGAUGACAAUAACCGUUAGUUGCAGCAUUUAUAAUGUUAUAAUCAUGUAUACAGGGAUAUUCCAAGUAAGACUCAUAACCAGGAUAAAAAUGUACGCAAAAACAUACUCGCCAGUUGGACUGGUCACCAAUUCAUUGGUUCCAGCCUCUCAAAUGUGAAUAUUUACUGGUUUUCUGUGACAGCUAACAAUCUGUGGGUUUUGGAGAUAUUUGGAGACAUCACCAUAGAGUCUGGGAACUUAUGAUGGGCAUUUUUCACUAUUUUCUGAUGGAUGAAGUGAUUAAUUGAUCAACUGAGAAAAUGACCGGUAGAUUAACUGAUAAUGUAAUUGUUUGUUGCAGCCCUAGUCACCAGUACACCACAGAAACUCAAUAUUUAAAGUCCAUGCAGAAAGAACUGGCUGAAACCCAGAACUGAGUAUGUGCCAAACACUAAUCCUGUCUUAGCUGACCCUAGAAAUCAGUGUUUAAUGCAGACACACAGCACAUCUAUACAAAGUUCAUAGCUGUAUAACACAACAUAAGGAAGUGUUGGCUCCUCAAGCAUCAGCCCGUAUGGUUUGUGUUAUUACUGAAUUUGCUCCCCACUCUGACUCUUUAUUAUUUAAUGUGGUAUUUGCUAAAACACACAGCAGGAUUCCAAGUAAAGCAUAAAGUACACAGCUUGAAGUGCCAAGAAAAAUGUCAAUUGUGGAUGCACACUGCACACAUGGGAAACUGGAGUCUGCUUGGUGGUCUCCUAGCAACAGCCAACAAGAAGGGAAACAGCACAAAGGGAGGGCCAGAGGUUGAUGGUAGAAGUGGGGAGAUGUGAAGAAGAGCAGAGCAUGGGGUCGUAGCAGCGCUGGUACCUGACUACAGGAACUCAAAUUGAAUGCUAGAAAAUAAAAGAUCCAUACAUCCAUCAUGAUGUUUGUCGGAACUCCUUUGGAUAGCAAUCCCACCUCCCCUAUCCCAGCCCACAUCCCCAGUCCCGAAUGUCAGUCAGACAGUCCUUCACCUGCUCUCCUGCCUCAGUCUCCUCCAUGCUGGGCAACACAGGCACGAUGCGACCUUGCCCAGGCAGAGGCAGAGCUGCGUCGCCUACAAGAGGGUCAUGCAACUGAGACUGAAUCUGUGAAGCGGGGUCUAGAGCGAGCCAUCCUGGGUGCACGCAGAGAAGAGCGGCGCCUACUUGAGAGGGUGGAGCAGGACCAUCGGGACACACAGCAGCGUCUGGAGCAGGUUCAGAGGGAGAAUAUGGCAGCAGCACGGGUCAGCCAAUCCCUGUUGGACCAAAGGCUCCGUAAACUGGAUCAACUUCAGCAGCGGAUUCAGGAGGUGGGUCUGGAUGAAAGUGGGCCACACAAGAACCUGCUGCUGAAGGAGGUUGCAGAGUUCCUACAACCCUGGGAAAUAUCAGUUUCCCUAAAGAAAGUGAACUUCAAACCCAGCUCCCAACCUAAUGCUGUCGCCUUUGGAGAUAUUCGUGUGCAAGAACAAAGCCUGUGCCUGCAUUUCGGAGGUUGUGGGCCACAGGGGCAGCUGUGUGCUCUCCAUUCACAUGAGAUGCAGUGUGAAGACACAAACCAUCAAGGUGCUGGGGGAGAAAAAAGCACCGUAGGACAGGGGUGGACCUCACCAACAGGCAGGGUUGUUAAAAAGCUUAACCUCUCUACCUGGAGUGAUCUGGAAUCAGAGGAGGAACAAAAGCUAUCCUCAUCAAAGAUAUGUCACUGGCUUCCAAAGUGUGAACAAUCUGACAUGGAGUCAUUCCAGGAUGACAAGAUGGAAUCAGCCUCCUUUCAGCCACAAAGGGAGGACGUAUUUCUGACUGUCCCUACGGUACUUAAAAACAUGGAUACUGAAGGCAAGGAGCAGGUGUACAAGAUGAAUAGUAAUGGAAAACACUACUCUCCUAGAAAUCAGAGGAAGUUGCGUACUGUGGUCUCUGAUAGGAAGCCGUCCCCCUCAACUGAACGAAGACGGGAGCAUGCAAAGCUGAGUCACUGCUUGAGUUUAGACAACCAGGAUCGAAAUAAAGGAAAAGUGAAUCAAGAUUCCAAUAGUAGACAUUUGAGGUACGGCAACAGUGCCCUUACAUGCCCAAGGAUGACUCCAAGAGAGCCUCUAACCAGCCAAAGCUGCCUAGACCUCACCUCCAGAAGCCGACCUCACUCUCGCCUCAGCCAGUCCUCUGAUGAACACUCUCUAGGGACCCAUGGUGACUCUGGCCGAGCUCCAUCCCCAACAGACAGCCUUGACUCCAGCUAUACUUUCAUCGUUAGCCCAUCUCAUGACUACAGCAUGAACAGAGGCUCUUUGAAUUACAAUUGCCGUCUAUCAAAGUCUGCAGUGGACUUGACACACAAGACAUGCCCGCUGAUCAGCGGUGGGACGAAUGAGCACGUGGGAGUGUGGAGGGUAAAGUGUGGCAACUUCAACUCCAUGUCAAGCUCCACCUCAACCUCACCAACUCUCAGUAGGGGGCCUAGGGUCUCUGACAUGGGACAGACCCUCUUGUACCCUACAUAUAGAAGUCAUAAUAUUCUGCACCAGCCACAGAAACACAAGCAAGGCUUAAAACAGCCCCUGGUGGCUAGGUCUUUAUCCAUGUCUGUCAUAGAUGGUUCCUCUCAAGAGCCAAAGAGAGGCAAAGGAGAGAGAGGUGAGCCAGCCCUGGUGGAGUUGGAAGAAGAAGGAGACCAUUCCUUGACAGCAUUCAACCCCAGAGGAGUCCAUCUGAUCAGGCAGUUUGGGAAACAGGGUUCAGGUCGGGCUGACCUUACCCUGCCAAGUGGUAUCCAUGCCUCACCACAGGGCCAACUCUUUAUAGUGGACUGCGGAAAUGCACGUGUUCAGGUGACUGACCCUCGGGGCAAUGUCCUCCAGCAAGUGACCUCCCCAACUUCUGAUGGCUCUGCCAGACGAUGUCGGAACUACUUUGAUAUUGCUGUCAAUGCUAAGGGUUUGAUUGCAUUAAGCUGUGCAGCUGAGCGAGCCCUGCUUGUGUUCAGCCGGCAUGGUCGCCUGCUCCAGACCUUUGGAGGGUCAGGGUUGGGCUCCGCAAAAGAUGAGCUUGAGGCUCCCAGGGGUGUAACCGUAACCAGGCUGGAUGAGUUCUUGGUAGCUGAUAUCCGGAAAGGUACCCUCAUUGCCCUAAAGCUUGACCCUAAGACAGGCUCCCGUCUUGAGCGCACAGUGGUGACCGGAUUUCACCGGCCCUACUUAGUGGCAGCUUGCUUGAGCUCAGGCAUGGUAGCUGUGUCUGAAAGGGGCAAUGAAACAGGUUGUGUGCCUUGCAUCAAAGUGCUGGAGCCAGGCUGGAACACAGUGAGAGUUCUGGGUGUAUGUGCUGGUAUGGGACCCAUCCUGGCUUGCCCCUGGGGCAUCUGUAUAGAUACAGAUGGUAAUGUGCUGGUUGCAGACUGGGGGGAGCAGCACAGAGUCCUGUUAUACCCGGCACAGGGAGUGGGGUGGCCCAUGGUAAUUCAGGGCUUGAGUAGUCCGCGUGGCCUGACCCUGCUACCUGAGGGCCAACUAGCAGUGUCCGACAGCAUGCACCAUUGCAUAAAGAUAUACCAGUACAAAGUGACCCAGGACCAGAAAGAGUGAGUUGAUGUUUAAAUAUACACAAUGUUUAAAGAAAACUGUGGCAAGGUAACCAAUCACACCUGAAACAUAGUGUGUAUUUAUUCUUAAUAAAACUAUUUGAGUAAUUUUACUGCUGAACUACAGUCAGAUGCAGCUCCUGUGCUGAUUCUGCAAACUUCACUUGUUUGCAGAACGCCAUGUGCAUUUAGACUGAAAAAUUAUGAAUUGGUGUUUGGUCUAGCUGUACUGUGAGGGAGUUAAAAAAAAAAAGGAGACAAAAAAUAGCUGGUGCUACACUGAGCAAACAAAGUUUAGUUUGGUUUAGUUUUGUGGUUCAGGAUCAAAUAGAAUUGCUGAUUGCUUGCCGAAAAUAGUUUAUAGAUUAGAGUUUAAUUAUAGUCUGUACAAUGUCUGUAUGGGCUGCCUUUAAUUUUCUCCAGGAUAUGCUACCUGUUGUCAGAAUCAUCACCCACAGCUGCUAACCUGCAGAGAUUAGCACUGACAAAUCAACUCAACAGUAUUCACUUUGGAUUUAAUAAAUUCAACAAAGUCAAAGACAAAUAUGAAUGCACGCACAUCCACUAUCAUAAUUUAUUAAUUAAAUAAAUAAUUUCAACUUGAGGGUGGGAUACUUUCUUUUCCAGUGUGUUUUAUUUUGAUGUGUUCAAAUGAGAAUGGUUUCAAUAUUUCAAUUGAAUCUUGUCACGAUUGGCUUCAGUAAUUCCCGGAAAUUCUACAAUUUUUCAUGCUGUCACUGAUCUUUUCUGACAAUGAGUAGAGCUGGGUGGCUUUUUUCAGUCCUCCCACUCCCUUCUUUCACCAGCAGUGUCUGUCACGUAUAUCCACCACUCUCUGAUGGAGUCUGUAUUUAACACGUGGAUGCACUGAUGCCAGAAAGUACAGGAUGGGUGAAUCAUCAGCAGUGAAACAUACUGUCAUCCAAAUUCUCCUCUGUGAAAUGUGUCUGUUUAUAACAGAUGUUUCAUUCAGGGGACCAUUGCUUAUUUGGGAUCAGGCAGAGGUGUAGUAUAUAAGUAGAGUAUAUUUGCAGCAAUGUUACUUUACUACUGGUAUUUCAUUUUUGGGAUACUUUCUACUUUCACUCCACUACCACUCAAAGGAAUUACUUACUACUUUUAAGAUUUUACAUUCAGUAUAAAAUAAAGUCACAUUACUAUUGUCGGGUAAAAAAACUUCUAGUCAGCCUUGUUUUAGCUCCAUUAGGCUAAUGCAUUUCUGACAUUAUCUAAUAAGUUUUAGAAAUGGAAAGAGGUUAGACAGUUUUCCAAACCUCUGGAGGAGCAUGUAAUCCUUCAUCUGAUCUAAAAGUAUAACAAUCCUCAAAACUUGAGACAUAUUUCUGUAGUUUAAGGCCCCCAAACAGUAUAAUGAAAUAGUUAGACGUAGCUCAAAUACUGUUUAAAUGUUUAUGCAUCAAUAAUUUAACACUGUGACAAAGACCAUUCUUCAGUCAGUACUUUUACUUUUGAUACUUAGGCUAAGUACUUUUUACUGCUAAUACUUUUAACUUUUUCCUAUGUCUUUAUGACCUUUAAUACAAGACUUUUACAUAUGAUGGAGUUUUUGUUUUUCCAAAGUAAGCGAUUAGAGUGCUUUUCUACCAAAUGGGUUACAUCCAAAAUGUUCCCAUGCUCUCUUAGAUUAAGCCAUGACAUAUCAAGACAGACCUGAUAUUUUAGCAGGGUGUACAGUUGUAGGUGAGCCAUUGUUCGAGAGGUCGAGCUGGUUUCAUCUAAGCUGGUUUCAUCUGUUAUCAUUUCUGUUUUUAUGAUAUUGUUAUUAUAGAAUGAAGAGUGAUUAUUAUGUUAUAGAUAUGUUUAUUCCUGGAAA